AUGGCGAGCAACGAAUCCUCGAAGGAGGAUUUGCGUAGUCACCUACACUCUGUUCAAAAGGAAUUUCAAACUUCAAACCAUACGCCGGAAGUGUUGAUAAAAUUCUUGAACGAACCGUUAGAUUUUCUUGAAAAUGGCAACUCUUGGAAUGGACCUUCCCCCACACCACAACUACAAAGCUUUUUUCUGAAAAAGUUAUACGCAAAACAUUUGAACUUUAUCAUUGAAAAUGUCAUAUACGAGGGAUUUUAUGCUCACACGCGAUCGCUCCAAGAUAAGCUCGUUGCAGAGUAUUUCGUUCCUACGGGAGAGAAGACAGGGCAAAAAGUCAGACGUGCAAGUAUUUCCUUGCGAGUGUUGGUCACACAUUUCUCUCUUUCCGAAGUCGAUCGGCGACAACAGGGUGCUCAUCUGUUGAAGCUUAUUCAGAAACUCUUAAUAUCACUGUUGGAUGCCUAUACCUUCGAGGAUUUGUAUGAAGCGAUAAUGAACAAUGCGGAAACUAGUCAAAGUGAAAAACGCGCGGAAUGGAUGGAAUUCGUGAACCUCAUUUGUUCUUUACCUGAAAGAUCUGCGAAUCUGAUGAUGCUAAGUGAAUAUCAACGGCGUGAUGUUAGACCCCAAGAGGAAACCACAAAUUUAGAUGAUUUUUGGGGAUACCUCCAGAGACGGCCGGGUGAAGAUGAUGAUGACACCCCAAGAUUAGGGAUCUCUGCGGUCUACUCAAAACCCUCAUAUCUUCUUGGUCCGACCCAACGUUUAUCAAACACGGAUCCAUUGCAAACCAGAUUUGUAAACUUGACCAGUGCGAUCCUCAUAAUAUUUGGUUAUCUCCCUAAAGAGACACUGAUCAAGGCAGCAAUUCCCAGGGAAAUCACAUUGGGAGUUACUCAAUGGUUGCAGAGUUCUUCCGAGGGAACGAGGAGAUUGGGAAUGGUCACGGCUGAAAUGCUUUCGAAACUAAUUGAUGAACCGGAAAACGUAUUGAAUUUUGAUAUGGCUUCGGGGGAUGAGGAGAUUGAAUAUUUGAGGAAAUUGGUUGAGGUCAAAGAUGGAAUUGCCGAUUUACAGGUCGCAGAGGAAAAUUUUUUGGAAGAAUCGUACGAAACCGAAGAAUUCCUAGAGGACACGGAACCUAAUAAAGCUGACGAGAAGAUCUUAGAACCACUCGAUACGGAUAUCGAUAGCAACAUAGCCACGAUGGUCAAUGAACAGGAUACAGCGGCAAUGGCAGACUCCGAUGACGACGAUGAUUUCGAACCGUAUCCGAUGGAGGCCGAAAGUGAGAGUGAGGAUGAUGGUGAAGCCAUACCACAGACCAAAGGAAAGAAGGUCUUGGCGCCAGUUUACAUAAUAGAUCUGAUCUCAUACCUGAGAUCUAACGAGGAUCCUGAGAAAAUAGAAAUAGCUAUUAAUAAUGCAGCAAGAUUGAUUAGGAAUAAAAUGGGAUUUGGGAUGGAAUUGGAUGACAACGCGAAGGAACUGGCCGGAAUCCUUCUCAGCCUGCAAGAUAAUUUCAGCUUGAAAGGAUUCGAGGAAAACAGACAGAACGCAUUGACAGCUCUUUCGUGCGGAAGUCCAAAGAUUGUUGUACCGUAUCUUGUCCAACAACUAUUCGAAACCCGAUAUUCACUGUCCGACAAGUUUAUGACACUAUCGGUAUUGUCAUCGGCGGCAAAGGAGUUGGCCGGGAUGCAGACGCAAGAGGAUGUAUCCGAUAAUAAAAAAUAUAUCGAUGAUACUCUUUCCGCGAAAUUUGACGAUCUCAGCGUUUCCACCUUGAAAAUUCCUGCCACGAAUGUUAAGGAAAACCGAUUUUCGCGCAGGCCUCAAUUGGAAUUUUUGCGCACAUAUAAUGUUAGUCUUUCAAAUGAGGCCUUUUACCUUGACUUAAGUGUUCCUUUUAAUAUCUCAUCACCUUCCUGGGUUGACCUGACGAGCAUUGCUUCAAUUCCUUAUUAUAGCGCAUGGGCAACUUCUUCUCUAGGCGGGACAA